CAUUGUGUUCUUAUGGCUGGUGUCUCUUCCAAAAGGCCGGAAACUCAUUUCAAGGUAUCUUCAGCUUCUGGCACCCGGUGGCGAGCUUGCAAGAAUAGUUUGCAUGGCAAUUUUUCGGCAUUUAAGGUUUUUGUUUGGCAGUCAUCCACCUAAUCCAGGAGCCACUGAGACGAUCACUAAUUUUGCAAAAACAGUCUCUGUAUGUACCCGUGGCAUGGACCUUAAUUUGCUUAGUGCUUGUCUAGCUGCUGUUGUUUGUUCCUCAGAGCAGCCGCCUCUUCGUCCUCUUGGAAGCCCUGCUGGAGAUGGAGCCUCUAUUAUUCUUAAAUCUGUUCUUGAAAAGGCAACUCAUCUCUUGACUGAUCCUCAGGCUGUUAGCAGCUUCAGCAUGCCUAAUCCUGCUCUUUGGCAGGCAUCAUUUGAUGCCUUUUUUGGCUUACUUACUAAGUAUUGCUUGAGUAAGUACGACUCAAUAAUGCAAUCGAUACUUCCACAGACUCAGUCAAACACAGAGACGUUUGAUGCAGAAGCUGCAAGAGCUGUAAGCAGAGAGAUGCCGGUCGAACUUUUACGUGCUAGUCUCCCGCACACAAAUGAGCAGCAGAGGAAGCUGUUGUUGAAUUUUGCUCAGAGGUCCAUGCCUGUGACUGGAUCCAAUGCUCACGGUGGAAGCACUGGACAAAUAAGUCCUGAAUCUGUAAGCUGUUAGUGGAGAUGCUAAGAUGUCAUACUUGCAAAUAGUUCUCAAGAUCAUCAUCUGGCUGCCCUUUUCAGAACAUAAUCUUCUGCUAUGCCUCCAUGGCAGAAAAACUGUCGAAGGCUAGAAUCAAGGGGAUGCAUAUAUGUUGGGCGCCGUUUUAAUGCCUAAAGCUCCUCUUCCUCCUCCAACUUAUGUGUCUUUUUCUAUUUUUUUCCAACUUUUUCCUUUCUGCCCACCUUAUCUUUCCAUGUUUCUUUUCCCUCUUUUCAACUUUUCUUCAUCCUUUUUUUGAAGGAAAGGUUUGGUUCUUUCUCUUUUGUGACAAGUCUCAUUUUUCGUAGCUGUGUAUAAUGUCAGAAAGUGACGGGAUUAUUGGUCCCUUUUAGUGUUUUUCAUCCAAAGAGCUUGUUUUUCUAAUGCUCUUUCUGUAAACUUGGAUAAAAGCUGGAAAGGUAGGAUGUAAGGAUGAUUUAUGGGGAGUUUUAGGAGCUCUUCCACUUGGCCAUCUUCUCUUUUUUUUCAGGAAGAAGAGGCGUUGACGUUGCUGGCUCAUAGGACAUGAUGGCUCAACUCUGCAGUUUCAGUAGGAGAUAUUUGUUAUAGACUUGAAAUUUUUAUGGAUGAAAACUGUAAUAAUUACAUGCUCUUUUUCAUUGACUAUUAUUCUACUGAAUAAUGUUUCCCCGUAUUGUUUACAAAGUUGAUUUGAUAUUUUGCUGACC